UGUUAAGAAAUUUCUGGGUUGGAUGUUUUUUUGACUGGGGUGGACCCCCCUGGAAAAAAAUCUGGAUCCGCGCCUGUCUUAGAGCUGACUUCCUGUCGCUCGAAUUUUUAUCAAAAUCGGAAAUUCCCUAUUUUCGUUUUGAGCAGGAAGCCAUUUUAAUCAAAGAUCUGAGGAUGGGAAGGUCUAUAAUACAUUUACAGAUCCAUUGAGGAAAUCAUGACGCAAUAAGACAUCAGAGAAUGGCGACUGAUUCCAUCACUCCAAUGGCCUCUGGACAGGACCUGGGAGACCGAUCUAGAUUUGCCAAACUUGGAAUGGCAACAAACGAUGUGUUAAAUCAGGCAUACAGAGAUAUACUAGAGAUGGAGGUUCCCCCUUCCGUAAUUUUCAGCAAAGUGAAAGCAUCAUCAGUAUAUAAAAGAUUGGGCCCUGAACAAGAACAACUCUUGAUAGAUGCUACACAUUCGGGAUAUAAAAACUUUAACAUUUCAUUAACAUACACAUUGAUAAGAAACAUUUGCAAAAUGAUCCCCAAACCAACAAAAGGAAAAUGGGGAGAAGAACCUGCAGCAGGAGAAGUGACCGUGGGAGAUGAUAUCGAGAGAAUUAGGUCAAUCCGAAACAAUUUGACAGCAAAUGUGAGCUCAGCCUCCACACCUGAAGCAGAAUUCAAUGACACCUGGUCAACAAUGUCAGAUAUCUGCACAAGAUUGGAAACCUUCACUGGAAAGAAGUACCUGGAUCAGCUUAAUCUUAUUCAAAAACUGACGAUCAGAGGGGAAACUGAAACUGAAGAUAAUCCGAUAGAAAAGACUAAAAUGAGAAAGGAGACUGGCCGAACUAGAUUUGCCAAACUCAGAAUGGCAACAAACGAUGUGUUAAAUCAGGCAUACAGAGAUAUACUAGAGAUGGAGGUUUCACCUUCCGACAUUUUCAGCAAAGUUAAAGCGUCACUUGUUUAUAAAAGAUUGCGCCCAGAACAAGAGCAUACCUUGCUAGAUGCUAAGCAUUCGGGAUAUAAGAAUUUUGACAUCUCAUUAACAUACACAUUGAUCAGAAACAUUUGUAAAAAUAUUCCUUUACCAACAAAAGGAAAAUGGGGAUAUGAGCCUGCAGCAGGAGAGGUGACCGUGGGUGAUGAUAUCGAGAGAAUUAGAUCAAUCCGGAAUGGUUUAACAGCAUAUGUAAGCUCAGCCUCCACCUCUCAGACAGAAUUCAACGACACCUGGUCUACAAUGUCUGAUAUCUGCAAAAGAUUGGAAACCUUCACUGGAAAGAAGUACCUGGAUCAGCUUAAUCUUAUUCAAAAACUGACGAUCAGAGGGGAAACUGAAACUGAAGAUAAUCCGAUAGAAAAGACUCAAAUGCAGGAAGAACUGAAAAAGCUUGCCAACAAAGAAGAAAGAACUUCAAGUCCAACAGAUCUUGACAACCCUAAAGAAGAUCUUCUACAACACAUGCGAACAGAAGUUACAACAGUAAGACAUGCAAGAGGACUUGUGGUUGGAUGUGCUGGUGCUGGCAAAACAACACUUCUCUACAGUCUCAUGGGAAAAAGUCUUGAUGAAAUAAAAGAAAUAAAAUCAACAAGAGGACUACAAGUUUACGAGCAUAUAUUUACUGUGGGAGACGGGUCUUUACUUGCUACAGAGAAUCUUGAACGAAAAUUCUUGGUCAGAGUUCCAAGAUCUUUGCUUGCAAAGAAAAAUGGCAAUUAUAAUGAAGAUGCUGAUAGAAUAGAAGAAGACAACACAGGCGAUCUUUCUGAUCAAAAAGAAAAGGACAACACAGGCAAUAAUUGUAAACUGCAUGACACAAACCAUAUAUGUGAGGAGAAUACUGAAAACAUAGGGCCGGAAGAAAGCAGCAUUAACCUCACCUCUGAUGUCAAGGUAGAGGAUCACAGUACUACAGCUUCAGACACUAAAGUCAAAGACACAAUUGCUGAAACACUCUCCCCAGAAGUAAUCAAGAAGAUAUUAGAUGCACAGGAGAACGAGAUUAGUGUCAGCAUGAUUGAUUUCGCUGGACAGUUUGCAUAUUAUGCAUGUCACCAAAUUUACAUGAGAUCAUCGGCUUUUUACAUACUGGUAAUGGACAUGUCAAAGAGCUUUGAAGAAGUUGUCUUUGGUGAAGAAGAAGAAGACAAGAAGGGUUCUGUUUUUUCUACUUGGAAAUACAAAGAGUAUGUAGAAUUCUGGCUGAAUUCUAUUAAAUCAUUUGGCGGCCCUGAAGCACCCAUUCUCAUUGCAGCCACACACACAGAGGGCAGAACAGAAGAUGACAUAGAUGAUUAUUUCAUAUGUCUAUGGCGUUCCCUAUCGGAGGUAGACAAGACAUGGCUGUCCAAGCAUCGCAGUGAAGAAAACGAAUUUGCAUUUGAACUUAUAAACAUAAAUGAAGGCGAAAGAACGCAGAAGUUACAGUUGCUGAAGAACGCCCUUGUUGAAGUAGUGUCAAAUAAACUGGACACAAAAAUUCCAGUUCGCUCAUCUUGGGCCUUACUAGAACAUCUCUUACAAGAUUCUGGAAAACCAAUCAUAUCGUACGAGGAAAUUCAGGAAAUGAAUAGAAAGUUUCCUGAGCAAUAUCGCCUAGAAAGCGAAGAAGAAAUACUUUAUUUUCUAACAUUCUUUCAUGAUCAUGGAAUUCUACUGUAUUUCAAUGGAGAAGCUACUCGAACACACGCAAUUCUCAGCUUGCAAUGGUUUUCUAAUGCAUUUUCUAGGCUAAUAGCAGACAAAGGGCAUGUUAAUAAAGACUGCAAGCGACGGCAUAUAAAAGAAUGGGAACUUUUCAAUAAGACUGGAGAACUGAAAAGUACGUUAGUUGAUGCCGUUUGGAAAGACGAAAAAGCGGAAAUACCAAAUGAACAAUCAUACGAAGAGUACAAAACGGAACUUAUGUCGUACAUGGAGAGGCUCCGAAUGUUGGUCAGUAUUGGUGAUACAGACAAAAUCCCGUCCUGGUAUGUUCCAUGUAUGAACAAAAAGCCGUUUACAAAAGAUAUCAUCAAAGCUAAUCUAGCAUGCUCCUCAAUUUUGUGCUUUCGAUUCACAUCCUUUGCCAUAUUUGUGUUUUAUAGGCUCAUAGCUUAUUGCAUGAGUUCUCUUAAUUUGAAAGUAGUACCAGACAAAAGGGAUAUAUGUCUUUUUCAAACAGCGGCAGUGUUUGAAUACAAAAAUCACACUGUUUUACUAGGGAUAUGUGAUAAAGACAUUCAGGUGCAAGUUGUGACCCACUCUUUGGACAUAAAAACUGAAGUAUCCUGUGAAGUAGGUAAUUCAAUCCACAAGGCUCUAGAUGAACUCACCGAAACAUUUGAAAACACAGAUUUGAGUUUUCAAAGAGGUUACAAAUGCCAGAUGAUAUUCUGUGACCAAAAUGAUACUUCAUUCACACCAGAGGAGGAACUUUGCAAAUUAAGAAUUGAAGAGAUUCAAUGUUCCUGCUGUCCAAUGGGAGAAAAACACCUCAUAAAAGUAAACCAAACUCGACGAUUCUGGGAACAGCAAAAGAUGGGAGAGGACAAAGAGGGAAAUUGUCAUUGUCUAGAUGAUCGUCUCAACAGACCUCCAACAGACAAACAACUGAAGAUCGUCAGUGGACAUAUUGGAGCCGAUUUUCAAUUACUUGGGAUUCAGCUUGGCCUAGAAAACGCUACAAUCCAACAAAUAAGGAUGGAUUACCAGAAUUACGGUGUGAUUACACAGAUUUUUCAAAUGCUUUGCGCCUGGAAAGAGAAAGAAGGGAAACAAGCCACUGUGAAGGAGUUCCUAGACGCCAUAGAAGCCCAUGGAGGGGAAAUCGAUAUUGAAAAAAUUAAAAGCGUGUUUAAUCUGUGAUGAACACAAAACUGUGUUGACUCACCAGUUUUAUACCAAUUGUUGGGUCUUCGUUUCCACAUCAAAAGUGACCAAUGAAUAUCUCGUUUGCCUGAUAAAAACUAAAGGCUUUAUAUUUUGAAGAAUACUUACUCUUUCUAUGUACCUUAUGAUAAAAUCUAGGAUUUCUGGGGUGUCAGUUGUUAUUGUACGUUUCUCAGAUAUUUAUUCUUCAUACUUUAACUUUAAACAUAAAUCACUUUUCGUUAUUUUCCCAUGAAGUUUAACCACUAGCUACAUCUAUUAACAUAAAAAUGUAAAAUAAAAAACAACAACAAAAUUUAACCAAGAGAUACCAAAGCCUAGAAUAAGGAUCUUUUUUUAUUUAAUACGUAGGGAACCUCUUAAUAGUAUGCAUUCUUAUGUAUCAUUGAAUAAUAUUUAUGUAAUCAUAUACUGAUAUUUUAACAAAUUGUUAAUACGAGUUUUUUUUUUUAUAUCAUUCUAUACAUAUAGUACUUUUUUGCAUUGAAUAUAUAAGCAUAUACAUAUUAUGUACUGAUAUUUAAACAUAUAAUAUUGAGUAGAUACCAUUUUUUUGUCAAAGAGUAGUAAAUACAAGUUUUUAUACCUUUAGCUCUAUUUGACGUUUUUGUUGUUAACAAUGUAUACUGUUCUACAAAUGAUAAUUUCUGCUUAUGGAAUGUUUCGCUUCACUUUGUUUU